AUGGAUGGUGCCAGCAAGGGUCCCACCACGCUCCUAGCCGCUACGCUCCACCGAAGCGCCUCGAGAGAAGCCACAUUUUUUGGAACCAUCUCAGUUCCACUUCAUGAUAUUCUUGUGCAUACUGAAAAAUCUUUGAUGCGCAACGAAAUCGUAAUCUACCUACUAUUACUGCAGAAUCGGGUAUACACUUCUAACAUAUUAAUCUGGAACCCAACCAUCGGCUACAGCCACGUCAAGUUCUUGGGAAAUAUAGCCGAUGUGCUUACUCAAGAUGGUCAUAAUGUGACCAUCUUCUCUCCAGUCAUGGAUCCGCAUAUCAAAACUUUUGGCAACCAGUUAUCAGCAAGAACCGUCCCCUACAAACCAGGCGCUCUCAAUACAGAUGACUGGCUGAAAUUAGAAAUGAAAAGCCCGUCGUUAUGGGAUUCUCCACCUUGUGAUAGUAUCUGCUUCAAUUGGGAAGACUAUGAAGUCGCAUAUGAGCAAAACAUCAUAUAUUGUAAAGAACUGCUCAGAGAUCAAGAAAUGAUAUCUACACUGAAUGAUUCGAAAUUCGAGCUAGCUUUUUCCGAAAGCUUCGAUUUGUGCGCCCCUGGAUUUUUCGAGGUGCUCGGAAUUGAGAAUGCGGUGAUGGUCUCCGCGUUCGGUAUGUUACCGCGCCUGUACGAGAUAGCGGGAAUGUCCGAACUGCCGAGUUUUGUUCCCGAUCCUCUUACUCCAUACUCUGACGACAUGACUUUCAUGGAGAGAUUAACGAAUCUGAAGGUACAUAUCCAAAUAAAGUCCGAAAUGCGACGUUGGGAGCAAAUGUUUUGGGAGGUGUUCAAUGCAAAAUACCCAGGAUUCCCAACAAUCGCAGAAAUCUAUAACAGGAAAACAGCGUUGAUAAUGACGAACGUAAAUGAGUUCGCGGAAAGUGCACGUCCGACGACGAAUAUGAUACGAUAUGGCGGUUCAACCUUGUACCCCACAAAACCACUAACAAAGGAUUUAGAAAACAUACUCAACGAAAGGAAUGCGACAGUAUUUUUCUCGUUGGGAUCACUAGCACAAUCAAAGGACAUGCCGACAUGGCUUAAGAAUGAUAUCAUUAGUACAUUCGCUUCAUUUCCUGAUGUAACAUUCAUCUGGAAAUACGAAGAUGACGACAUUGCUUCGUUCGAAACCCAUCCAAACAUUCACUACUUGAAAUGGGUCCCACAGUUUGACUUGCUGGCUGACAGACGACUCUCGUUGUUUAUCACACAUGGCGGCAUGAAUUCAAUGUUGGAGGCUAUGUUUUGUGCAAAAAGUAUGAUAGUUAUCCCACUAUUUGCCGACCAGCAGUUUAAUUCUAAAACCAUUCAACGAAGAGGACUCGGAACAAUCAUUGAAAGGAACCACCUUAAUAAGAAAACAUUAACGGAAGCAAUCCAAACAACAUUAGGGAACAAAAAAAUUGCUCAGGAAUCUGAAUUUGUCGCAGCACAGCUCGUCGGACGACCGCAACAAUAUCGCGAUGAUAUCGCCAGAUGGGCGAGAGCUAUUAUUGAACACGGCAAAAUGGAUCAUUUGUUACUCCACUCCAGAAAUCUGAAUUUCAUGCAGUACUACUGUGAACAAUGGCCUCUGCACAGAUUUCCUCCGAAGAGAAGCGAGCUGCGUUCAGCCAAGAGAGUACGUGCAAAGCAGAGAAAACUGCCACCAUCACGACUGUGCGAACAAGCAUAUAGUGGGUUCAAAACGACAUGA